GCGUACAGUAGAUGUUUCGGACUUUUUUUUGGGAGACAACGGAGGAACUUGGGCGAGGACGUUGCUGGCUUCGUGGUGUCACCCCGAGUACUGGCGAACACGGCCAAGUGAAGGCGGCAGGUGUCGGCGGGUACGAUUAGGCCCCGACGGGAAGGGCAGUUCCUAGUUUCGGGUCGGAGAAGAAGCGAGUUACGGACAGCACCGGAGGCUGGCCGUUGGCAUGCUACGUGUCUCGGAGGAAACGGCAGCCCGUCGGUCCUCCUGCUAAGCGACAGGCAAGUCCCGGAGAGGCGCCGGGACCGCGAACUGAACAAGAGACUUCAUCCCGAGGGGAGGCCCCGCGUUUCGCGGUGCUCUUCUCAUGCUCGGGAGUAAAGGAAUCGGCUUCCGCGGGCCUCCAUUACAAAUUCCGUAUCGAGUUUCAGAGAAGCAGCAAAACAACCCCGGGCUUCUCGGCUUACAUUGCGCGUCAGUCCUCCUGUCGAGUUCUUCAUGACGAUUCACUGCUGGGGACAGGCGACAAAACGAACACCUCGUUAAAGGCCUGGUCAGGGCGAGCCGCCGAGCGACGCGUGUGUCCCGGGAGGGUAGACCGCCAAACCCUCGGAGGCGGACGGACUUGAAACUUUUCCCGUAGGCUGUCCGAGUUAGCAGAAGAGCAAGAAGGUCGACCACAGAGGGCACAUCCCGCGUCCAAAGGAGCUCCGCAUGCACUUUAAGAGCGAGCCCGCUAGCUCAAGUACCUGACGAAGGGAUUUUGUGAUCUUUCCCUCGAGAAGGAGCGCGCGAGCCGCUCGGCUCACCUGGAUGGAUCGCGUUACCCUCGACGACUUUCUAGAAACCCUAAAACAGCAGCCGAUGGCCACCGCGGUCCUGCAGUCCACCGUGUAGUUCCGUCACUGACUCUACCCGAACUUCACGAAAGCUUCACGCGAGCAAGGGACACCGAAAUCCGUGAGGACAGGCCGGGAGAGGCCGCUGCCAUGUCGGAGCCCAAAGCGGCCAGCCCCACCACCGGGGACACGUAUAAAGGCUGGCUCUUCAAAUGGACCAACUACAUCAAGGGCUACCAGAGACGCUGGUUUGUUCUCAGCAAUGGACUUCUGUCCUAUUACAGAACGCAAGCAGAAAUGGGCCACACCUGCCGGGGCACAAUCAACCUGGCCACGGCCAAUAUCUCGGUGGAGGACUCGUGCAACUUCAUCAUUUCAAACGGUGGUGCCCAGACCUAUCACCUGAAAGCCAGCUCCGAGGUGGAACGGCAGCGCUGGAUUACUGCACUGGAGCUCGCCAAAGCCAAAGCCGUCAAGAUGCAGGCCGAGUCGGACGAGUCUGGAGACGAGGAGCCUUCAUCUGCUCAGGGCGACAAGACGGAGUUGCAGGCCACCCUAAGAACGUUGUCCAGCAAAGUAGAGGACCUGAGCACUUGCAAUGACCUCAUAGGCAAGCAUGGCAGCGCCCUGCAGAGGUCACUCAGCGAGCUUGAGAGCCUGAAGCUUCCUCCUGAGAGUAGUGAGAAGAUCAAGCAGGUCAACGAGAGAGCCACACUGUUUCGCAUCACUUCCAAUGCCAUGAUCAAUGCUUGUCGUGACUUCCUGUCUCUAGCGCAGACUCACAGCAAGAAAUGGCAGAAGGCACUGCAGUAUGAGCGGGACCAACGCAUCCGCCUGGAGGAGACUCUGGAGCAGCUGGCAAAGCAGCACAACAAUCUGGAGCGAGCCUUCCGCGGUGCCACCGUGCUUCCUGCCAGCAGCCCCGGGAGUGCCGGUUCCUCGAAAGGCAGUGGCAGUCACGGGAAGGGUGACAUGAGUGACGAAGAUGAAGAGAAUGAAUUUUUUGAUGCGAUGGAGGAUGCCCCAGAAUUUAUCACUGUGCCAGCUGACCCCAAAUAUCACAAGCGCACUGGAAGCAACAUCAGUGGAAUCAGCAGUGAGCUCGCCUUGGAAGACCAUCUGAUGGAGGAGCAGCCAGUGGCAGCCAACCAUGAAUUGUCAACGAGGGAGAUUGUGCCGCGUAAAAAGCGACGAAACCGCAUUCCCGACAAGCCAAACUACAGCCUGAACCUGUGGAGCAUCAUGAAGAACUGCAUUGGGAAGGAGCUGUCCAAAAUACCCAUGCCAGUGAACUUCAACGAGCCGAUCUCCAUGCUGCAACGUCUCACCGAAGACCUGGAGUACUAUGAGCUGCUGGACCGGGCCGCCAAGUGCGAGAAUUCGCUGGAGCAGCUCUGCUACGUGGCGGCCUUCACCGUCUCUUCCUACUCCACCACGGUGUAUCGCACUGGGAAGCCUUUCAACCCUCUUCUGGGGGAGACCUUUGAGUUGGACCGCAUGGACGACUGUGGCUACCGAUCAAUCUGUGAGCAGGUGAGCCACCACCCACCUGCAGCCGCCCACCACGCAGAAUCAAAAAGAGGCUGGACCCUGCGGCAGGAGAUUGCAAUUGCCAGCAAAUUUCGGGGGAAGUACCUCUCCAUCAUGCCCCUAGGAAGUAUCCACUGCAUCUUCGCAAACAGCAACAAUCACUACACAUGGAAGAAGGUGACCACUACAGUGCACAACAUUAUUGUGGGCAAGCUCUGGAUUGACCAGUCUGGAGAGAUAGACAUCGUCAACCACAAGACGGGGGACAAGUGUCACCUCAAGUUUGCGCCUUACAGCUAUUUCUCGAGGGACGUUGCCCGCAAGGUCACUGGAGUUGUGACUGAUCCCAGUGGUAAGGCCCACUUCAUCCUGUCUGGCACGUGGGAUGAGAAGAUGGAGUUCUCCCGUAUCAUGCAGAGCACCAGGGGAGAGAAUGGCACAGAGGGAAAGCAGAAGACGGUCUACCAGACCCUGAGAGCUAAGGAGUUGUGGAAGAGACACCCUCUGCCUGACAAUACAGAAAACAUGUACUAUUUCUCAGAGUUGGCACUAACCUUGAAUGAGAGUGAAGAUGGAGUGGCUCCCACUGACAGCCGGCUGCGCCCCGAUCAGAGGCUGAUGGAGAAUGGACGGUGGGACGAAGCCAAUACGGAAAAGCAGCGCCUUGAGGAAAAGCAGAGAACUGCACGGCGCAAGAGGGAAUCUGAGGCAAUAAAGGCGACUGAGGAUGCGGAACCUGUGGAGUCUUGGGCCGAAUCGCCUGUGAAAAGCACCCACGUGGACAGCUACAAGGCUCUGUGGUUUGAGCGGCGAGAGGACCCCGUGACUCGUGAACUGACGCACAUCUACAAGGGCGGGUACUGGGAGGCCAAGGAGAAAAAGGACUGGUCCGGGUGUCCCGACAUCUUCUAAAGGAGCGCUCCGGGGACGGGACGGGACGGGAAGGGCAGCUGAUCGCACUUGGCAGAGGCGUUUGGCCGCGGCGACGGCGUCUGGGUGGGAAUGGGAGUGCGGGGUGGGGGAAGGGAUCUCGUUGACAAGACCCUUUUAGUCUGCACUUAAAAACAAAAUGAAGAAUCAUCAUCUAAAUCGAGUACCGUUUAAUUACCGUCAUCGAACUAUAAUCCGAUUUGGUGUUUUCGCUAAUUUCCGCCAGGGCUUUGUGUCUCUUGACCCGCUGCGCCGUUUUUCACGCUCGCCAGGACGCGGCGCAGGGCGGCAAGGCUUCUCCCGCUAGAGGGCGCCCGAUUUCAUGGCGCUCCGCAGCAUAGCAACUCUGAAGGUGACAAAAGGCAGACCUGGCUGGCGAGGCCGUUCUGCCCCCCUGCUGCCCACCUGCUUUGACGUUCGUCUGCUCGCACAGCACACGGGGGUCGAUAACCUUUUUUUAAUUUUUCUUUUUCAUUGCACCAUUUUUGCCUUUCUCCCCCCUACCCUCACAUGACUCGCUUAUUUUUCACAAUCGUCUACAGGAGGAGGAAGAGGAAGAAAGAAUUCAACAGUCGGCCCAUCCGCCUCUGCAUUACACUCGAGGGUUGACGUCGGCCGGCCACGCGCUCCACUACUUGUCCCGAGACCACCUCACCACGCGUUCAUGACACGCACGUUGGCGGCGGGGCGAGGGCGAGCAGAGAUUUGCCAGCCUGCGCCUACCGAGGGCACAAAGGAAUUUGGGGGAGGGGGGGGGUUGAAUCUCGCCACCUUCACACACGGAACUGUCUUAACGCUGUGUCUGUCUGGGCUGAAGGGAAUCUUCCGGAAAACAAAAUGUAUUUAAUUUGAAAAAUAAAUGAAACAUAAAGUCGAAA